AUGGCCAUCAAAAUCGGCGUUGCGCUCUAUUUUUUUCCCCCGAAGAACAACUUACCAGGAUAUUUCCACUGGGCCAUCGUCGCCACGACCGCAUCAUCCUGGAACAUUCAGCCUGUGAUGGUCUACGAAAUCAAACGCGGCAUGAGCGGAAGAUUCGUUCAAUCCUUUACGUUUGAACAACUCGACGGAUCAGGUGCAUUCACAGGCAUCGUCGAUCUCUUCACCACCACAGCCUACUCCACUUUCAACCAAAUUUCAGACCGUCUCGUUUCAAUUGGAGCUGAAGACCGUGGCUGGCGCUUCCUAGGAGGGUUCGGUCCUGAAGCCGGGUGGGACUGUACUGCAUGGGUCUUGCAAGCCCUUCAGCGAUUCCGCGACGACAGAGCUUGGAAUGUACCUGACGAGAUCUUUUUGAGGGUCUACACCUCGAUACUUAACCGUGGAAGCGAGAUGCUCUAUUCAGGCGUCUCAGCAUACAUUAAGACAGCUCCCCUGAUCAGAAUUCGAGGGUACUAA